GCUCCGGGCCAGCGGCUGUCACCAGAGCCGCGCGCGCCACAGACUGCCCAGCGGCCUGCCCGAGCGCCGUCCGCCCCCCUCGGUCACCAUGCCGUCCGCGCCCUCACCGCCCUCAGCCCGCGGCUCCGCGGCCCGGCCCGGCACCGCGGCCACCUGACCGCAGAGGGGUUGAGGAGGACGCACUCCUCUUAGCGGCGGCAGCUGAAUAUCUCAAGAGGACACCGCGACCCCUGCGCCAAAAUGGGCGCGGCGUGCAGCUGCAGCGACCCGAGCGCCGUCUCGGCCAUCACCAUCGAGACCGGGCCGCCGGACGGCGCGGAGGCGCGGGAGCUGGCCGAGGGGCUCAUGGACGACGACGGCGUCUUCCACGGCCCGGACGGCUUCGACGCGGACUGCUCGCUCGCCGAGUACCUGCUGCGGUACCUGCGGUCGAACGCGGCCGCACAGAAGAUCGCGCAGGUGGACGCGGAGACCGGGGACGUCUGGUCGUUCCGCACACUCCUGACGGAGACGGUGCAGAUCGCGACCGCGCUGGAAGAGGAUGGCUUCGGAGUGGGCGACACGGUGGCCAUGUUCUCCAAGAACUACAUGGAGCUGUACAGCGCCGUGCUGGGCUGCCUCAUGGCGGGCAUCACCGUGGCCACCAUGGUGCCCUCGCACGGCCCCGCCGAGCUCCGGCACCAGUUGCUGCUCUGUAGCCCCAAGGCCAUCUUCGUGGAGGCCGAGCUACUGUCCAAGACCGACGAGGCCCUGGAGGACUUCCCCGGCGAGGUGAAGAUCUUCACCUUGCAGCCCGUGGCGGACGCUGACCAUACGACGAGCUACCACACUUUGUCCGAGAGGGGCUUCUCCGCGGAUCCGGAUACGUACACGCCGGCUGAGAUCCCGGACAGAUCCAACCACGUGGCCUUCAUCCUGUACUCGUCCGGGACGACGGGGCUGCCCAAAGGGGUGCAGAUUCCGAACCAGGGCCUAACCACCAUGACAAUGAACAUGAAGAUCGUGCCGAACAUACCCAACCUGCCGGACUCGACCUCCCUGGUGCUGGCGCCCAUCUCGUGGAUCUCGGGCGUGCUGCUGCUGCUCAAGUGUACCGAGACGGGCUCGCGCCGGGUCAGCAUCCCGAAGCCCACGCCGCGCACAGUCAUCUCCGCCCUGCAGAAGUACAAGGUGGACUUGUGGCCCUCGGCGCCGCCCGUCCUCAUCUCGCUGGUGCGGCACCCCGCCGUGCGCAUGCUCAACUUCUCCAACCUCCAGAGCAUCAUGUGCGGCGGGGGCCCGCUGAGCGCGGAGCUGCAGCGGGAGGUGUCCAAGAAGCUCAAGUGCACCGUGGUGCAGGGCUACGGGUCGACCGAGGCUGGCAUCGUCCUCACGACCACCUUGGAGGAAAACAGAGACGGUUCGAUCGGAAAGCCUGGGCCCUCGGUGUCCGUCCGGCUGGUGGACCUGGACACCAACGAGGUCAUACGGGAGGUCGGGCGGGUGGGCGAGCUCCGCAUACGCAGCCCCUGCACCAUGAUCAGCUACAUCGGCAACCCCGAGGCCACAGCCGAGUGCUACGACGACGAGGGCUGGUUCAAGAGUGGGGACCUCUUGUCUUUCGACGCCGACGGCUACUUCUUCUACGUGGAUCGCCUCAAGGAGAUGAUCAAGUACAAGUCGCACCAGGUGGCGCCCACCGAGCUGGAGACGGUCCUCUUGAACCACCCGGGCGUCAAGGACGUGUGCGUGAUGGGGGUGCCGAACGUGCUGGACGGCGAGCACCCCAUGGCCUUCGUCGUCAGGUCCAAGAAUAAUGUGACUGAGCAGGAGCUGCAGAACUUCAUUGCGGAGAGGCUGUCGGACCCCAAGCACCUGCGAGGAGGGGUCGUCUUCCUGGACGUCAUCCCCAGGACGGUGACGGGGAAGACUCAGCGCGCACAACUCAAGAUAAUCCUCGCGAACCACCGGACGGAGGAGUGAACACAAUAAUUUGUAAACAGUCUGGCGGGUAUUAAAACAGAAUAAAAACACGA